AUCAUUCCUCUCAGGGCUUUCCAGCGAAUAUUAGAUUUAAUCUGGUUUAAAAUGAAUAAAAGUGUCUGUAUGUGAGGUGGUUCACUACAUCCUGCUUUAAAGCUCGAGAAGGGCUAGUGGGGAAACCAUGAAGCCAUGCUCACUAGUGGUAAAUAUUCAUGCUCCAUAAAAUGUUACCAGUCUCUACUGAACAUUUCUAAACAGUCACGUUAAGAUAUGUAUGCUAAUCGGUGGAUUCUUGUUCAUACAUGCUUCGCUCCGGGAGGGCAAGAACAUGCAGCUAAACGAGGACACCUGUGAAAGCAACACACACAACGAACUGAAAAUUAUCUACAUUAAAGAAGAAGAACCUAACGAUGACGAGUACCUCUCUCGUGGACUAAAACCACUCAAAGUACCCAGUACAACUUCGCCCACUACAAUAAUCGUUUUUGCAUUUCUUGUCGGUGGGUUUAUAUAAUAUGUACUGUGAGGAUUGCAGAUGCUUUUUCUACAACAAGUGUGAGGUUCAUGGUCCAGCUCUCUUCAUCCAUGAUACCCUCGUUCCCAUGGGAGUCACUGACCGAGCCAGACAAACCCUUCCUCUCGGUCUCGAGGUUGGGCAGUCCGAUAUUUCUGGUGCAGGCCUGGGAGUGUUUAAUAAGGGGGAUACCAUUCCAGUUGGUGCUCACUUUGGGCCUUACCAGGGAGAACGGGUAGACAAAGAAGAAGCCAUGAACAGUGGAUACUCUUGGGUGAUCUAUAGGAAUGGACAGUGUGAGGAAUACAUAGAUGCUAAAAGAGAGAUGUAUGCUAACUGGAUGAGGUAUGUGAAUUGCGCUCGUAAUGAUGAAGAGCAGAAUCUGGUUGCGUUCCAGUAUCGAGGGGGGAUUAUCUACCGUAGCUGUCGACCCAUAAAACCAGGACAGGAGCUCUUGGUGUGGUACGAGGAGGAGUAUGCUCAAGAUCUUGGAAUUACCUUCGACUACCUCUGGAGCAAAAAGUGCUCUGCAAAUGAAAUGAACGACGCUAUGCAAGUCUUCUCCUGCUCCAUGUGUCAUCUUUCCUACACAGCUCAAAUUUACCUCCACAGACACAUGAGGAGAUGCCACCAUGAUGAAUAUGUGAGAAUGUUGCAACAAGAACAGAUGAAAUCUGAGAAUCUGGAGACCACAAGCAGCUCCAGUAGUGAGCAAGUGUCUUCUCACCACAGUAACACGUCUCAGGAAGAAAUGCACGACUGCCCAGAUUGUGGGAUGAGUUUUACUUUACCGAGCCACCUCGAAAUACACCAGCGUGUUCACACAGGAGAAAAGCCCUAUCCCUGCCCACAGUGCGGGAAGAGUUUUACUCAACAGAGUAAUCUCCGAACACACGUACGCGUUCACACGGGAGAGAAGCCGUACCAGUGCUCACACUGUAGCAAGAGUUUUACUCAUCGGAGUAGCCUCCAUCUGCAUCAGCGCAUUCACACAGGAGAGCGGCCAUACCACUGCUUAUAUUGUGAUAAAAGUUUUAUACAACAGAGUGCUUUCCAGCAGCACCAGCGCAUUCACACAGGAGAGAAACCGUAUCAGUGCUCACAGUGCGGGAAGAGUUUUACUCAGAUGAGCUCGCUCCAACUACACCAGAGCACUCACACCGGAGAAAGACCGUAUCAGUGCUUACAGUGUGGAAAGAGAUUUACUAGACAGAGUCAUCUCCAAACACACCAAAGCACACACACGGAAGAGAAGCCGUACCACUGCUCACAAUGUGAAAAGAGUUUUACGCUACGGAGUCAACUCCAAGCACACGCUCGCAUUCACACAAGAGAGAAGCCGUAUCCUUGCUCGCACUGUGGGAAGAACUUUCCUUUCCAGAGCCAUCUCCAAAUUCACGAGCGCAGUCACACCGGCGAGAAACCGUUUCACUGCUCAGUGUGUGGGAAGAGUUUUAUCGACAGAGGCACUCUCAAAACGCAUCAGCGCAUCCACACCGGAGAAAGGCCGUAUCGCUGCUCAGAGUGUGGCAAGACUUUUACUCAGCGGAGUUCUCUCCAGCGACACCAGCGACUUCACACAGAAGACAAGCUCUAUCACUGCUCAGGAUGUGGGCGGGGUUUUACUGAUUUAAGUACGUUUCAGACGCACAAGUGCACUUACACUGAGCCAUCAGCUCAUGAUAUUGAUCUCGCAAAUCAAGAAACAUGACUAUCAUUAUUGUUUAUUGGGUUAGCAUGAAUACUAAACGAGUUUUAGCUUUAAUGUAGCUGUUGGUUUUGACUUCUUGUUGGAAGCAACAACAAAUGUAUUGCAUAUAAUAUUUUAUUUCAGUGUCUGUCUUUAAGCUUUCUAUUCCUUUGUAAAUAAUUCAUAAAGUCUAUAUGAAACUUUUAAA